AUCCCAUCGCACGACGAGGGAGAGAAGCUAGGAGCGAACCAAGUGAAGGGUGUGUUCGGAAGUCCUCCGCACUCCCUGCUCCGCGAACUCCACGUGAGAAGUUAGGCUGAACACUCCGUGCUUCCCGGAGCCAGCUUCGAGAAGCUGUACCGAGCCCUAGUGCAACUUGAACGAGUUUACGAAGCUGGGUUUUCGCAGCUUCACGAGCUUCUCGGAAACGCGUAGUUCGCCCAAAUUACGCGUCAUGCCACCGCCAAGCAGCGUGAACGCAUCCUAACGGCGCUCACAACGUUCCUUCAAACUGGGCCAGGCCCAGUGUCUCUCCUACUCUCCCCGAGCAGGUCUUAGGCCUCGAAGAUGAUCGCGUUGUGGGUUGCUGCCUGCAGCCUGCUGUCGUGGUGUUCGUCGCUCUCGGGAGUCCAAGGAAUUGGAGUCAACUAUGGCAUGAUGGGCAGCAACCUCCCGUCCCCGGACAAGGUGGUGGCGCUGUACAAAGCCAACAACAUCACCGACGUCCGCAUCUUCCACCCGGACACCAACGUCCUCGAGGCCCUCCGCGGCUCAGGCCUCGGCGUCGUCCUCGGCACGCUCAACAGCGACCUCGCCCCGCUCGCCUCCGACGCCUCGUACGCCGCGUCAUGGGUGCAGUCCUACGUCCAGCCCUUCGCCGGCGCCGUGAGCUUCCGCUACAUCAACGCCGGCAACGAGGUCAUCCCGGGGGAGUCCGCCGCUCUGGUGCUCCCCGCCAUGCAGAACCUCGAGGCCGCGCUCCGGGCCGCGGGCCUCAGCGUGCCGGUCACAACGGCCAUGGCCACGUCGGUACUCGGGACCUCGUACCCGCCGUCGCAAGGCGCGUUCUCAGAGGCGGCGCUGCCGACGGUCGGGCCGAUCGUCUCCUUCCUGGCGUCGAGGGGCACGCCGCUGCUCGUGAACGUGUACCCGUACUUCGCCUACUCGGCGGAGCCGUCCUCGGUGCCGCUCGACUACGCGCUCCUGUCGUCGUCGGCCGCGGUGUCGGUGACCGACAACGGGGUGGAGUACGCCAACAUGUUCGACGCCAUCCUGGACGCGGUGUACGCGGCCGUGGAGAAAGCCGGGGGCGGGGAGAGCCUGGAGCUGGUGGUGUCGGAGACCGGGUGGCCGUCAGGCGGCGGCGGGUACGGCGCCAGCGUGGAGAACGCGGCGGCGUACAUCAACAACCUGGUCCGGCACGUGGGGCGCGGCACGCCGCGGCGGCCCGGAAAGGCCGUGGAGACGUAUAUCUUCGCCAUGUUCAACGAGAACCAGAAGCCGGAGGGGGUGGAGCAGUACUUCGGGAUGUUCCAGCCGGACAUGAGCCAGGUCUACCCCGUCGACUUCUCGGCAUCGUCGUAGAAGACGCCUGGCUACUGCAUGGACCACGCAUAUGCAUCGAUCAUCCAUUAGUUAGGAAGUUAUUGGGUAGGACCGAUUCUGUUUAUUUGAGCUUCUCGAUCUCUCAUUAUCUCUCGAAAAGUACAUACUUAGUAUACCAUUAUUGCUUCAGACAUGUUACCAAAUAUAGUUGAAACGAAACAUUGAUGAUAUAUAUGUUACCAAAUAUAGUACCUCA